AUGACUGCAUGGCAAAAGUGCGCAGGGUCUUUCCCUGCGGUUUCUUACGGCUCCUUUUUGGAAUCAGAAAAUGUUGCAGAGGUGAGCCAAGCAGCAGUUCUCAGCUGUGACUUGAAAGGCCUUGAGUUUCCAAACGUCAUGGUUGAGAGUGAAAAGGUGUUGAUUGCAUUCCCUUAUACCUACUUUAUCUGGCUGGUGGUGGAGUUCCUUAACAUGCAAUACUUGUGUAGUGCUGUUAACAGUCCUAAAUCCUUUAAGACUGCCCGGGAGUGUGCCUUUGACUACUUGUCGCACUCUGUUUUUAGUGCCCAGUUUGAACGUCAAGCCGACACUGGACUGCGGGCUCAGUUCCGCCGGGAGCCAUGCUCCCGGGUCCUCUGCACCUCAGCCCCCGGGCCCCACCCGCGCCCGGCCCCUGCCCUCGCCCGAGGCUGCCCGCCCGGCCCCGCGGGCCGCUCUGACCGCCCCCGCCCGCCAGCCUUGCCCAGCCUCCGGCUCAGGACCUCUCAUGCUGCCCUGGCUCAGACAACCACUUAG